AUGGCGCUACCUGGUGCCUUCUUGCUUGCCCUCGCCCUUGCUGCAGCAAUGGCCGAUGAUACAGAGCUUCGGAAGGCGGUGGUGGCCGGCGACCGAGAGGAAGUCCAGAACCUCCUCGCUUCGCAGCGAUUCGAUGUAAGCCAGAUCAGAGGGGGAGAUUACGACGGUACGCUGCUGCACGACGCUAGCAUGGCAGGCCACGUCGAGGUGCUGUCUUUACUGCUGCAGGCCUGGCCAGCAGGAGCCCGAGCCUUGGACUCUUGGGGUUGGACACCUCUGCAUCGAGCAGCUUGGGCUGGCAACCUGAAGAUGGUGCGGAUGCUGAUGGAGGCCUGGCCGGAAGGACUCCGAGCUGUGGACAGUCACGGAGUCACGGUCAUACAUUCGGCAGCUUGGUCUGGCGACGUGGAGAUGGUGCGGAUGCUGAUGGAGGCCUGGCCGGGAGGACUCCGAGCUGUGGACAGUUACGGAGCCACGGUCAUACAUUCAGCAGCUAGGUCUGGCAACGUGGAGAUGGUGCGGAUGCUGAUGGAGGCCUGGCCGGAAGGACUCCGAGCUGUGGACAGUGAGGGAGCCACGGUCAUACAUUCAGCAGUUUGGUCUGGCAACGUGGAGAUGGUGCGGAUGCUGAUGGAGGCCUGGCCGGGAGGACCCCGAGCAUUGGACAUUUUGGGUCGGACACCCCUAGAUUACAUAGCUUGUUCGUUCAUGAUUCAACUUGGCUGCAAUGUCAGUGGGGACGUCCCAGCUUGGUUGCCGGCUGACCUGGAUAUGAGGGAAGCGGCCAUCAACUUGAAUUGUGAUACCGUGACCGAAAUUCGUUUGUCGCUCGAGGAACUUCAGCUAUGGAUGGCUUGUGGUGGUGAUCUGCGCUGGCAAGACGGCUCGGGGCUAGCGUUGGUGGAGAAACUCGAAGAUCAAGAGGCCAAAAACUUCCUCAAGGCAAGAAUGGCGUCUGGAGAAAUUGCCAUCAAAACGCUUCAGGACUGGCGGACUUGGAUUUUUCCGGGCAUUGCUGCCUUGGCAGCGUUUCUAGCAGUGCGGCUCGAGCAGCUUACGCUCAUUUUCCUGCGCAAGCGACGCCAAAGAAUCAGUGGCGGCAUGCAUGUCUUUGAAGAGGCACAGAAUCCCUACGAAGAGGGGGCCAGGGUGAUGGUGGGCAGGGCUUUCAUGAGGUCACGGCUGCUUUGCAGACUGUGGCGGUGGCUCGAGGUGCUCAUGGCAGUGUUCUUUUUUGGCUUUGCACUUUUGCUGAUGCGCCCACUGGGGUGGCUACCGCUCGUGUCAUCGUUCUAUUUCCUUCCCGCGUUGAAAGUUUUCGGUAUGAAGAAGCUUCUGCACGACCCAUCGAGAGCAGUCUUUACCACAGGCUUGGCAAGCCAAGCGGCUGCGCUCUUGCGCACCAUCGUGCUGUUCAGCAUUUUCUUCUGCUUCGAUGGCUUUCUGCCCGAUGACCCUUGGGCCCUGCCGUUCCUGAACCCGAUCUACUCUUCGUUCAUCAACGCGAAGUUAACGGGAACCUGGCAGUAUAGCUUUUUGAAUGAGCAUUGGCUUUUCCAAUGGAGCCCGCCAGUCAAUGCCGCCACAGUUUUUAGUCUCAUGAGACACGCCUGUGAAGUUCUCAUUAUCCUGUACCUCAUAAGUCUCUCGUGUGCAAUUGGGUAUGGUUGUGCAUGUCGCAGCCGCCAUGCGCUUCGACUGCCUGCACCUGAAGCAGCAGUCCAUGAUCUUUUGCAGAGGCAGCCGCCACAGUUCGACGAGGUGCAUUCCAAAUUGAAGCCAGUCGUGGCAUUUGCUUGGCCAUGUCUGGGAGGCGGGCUCUGGCAAAGCGUUAUGCUGGUGUGGCUAGACAUGGGUUUUGAUGUGAACACGAUUGUCGUGUUGAUGGCCGGCCGCCACUAUAUUUUUGCUGCAGUCAUGACUUUCGUGGUGGCACGAAGCGCCUUGAAGCAGAUGUACAUCAUCCCACCGUGGCGCUUGCCGCAGGCGAUCAGAGCCAGCGUGCAGCGAGGCAUCGUGCAUCAAGAUCUCCUCCAUUUUCUAGAAGAGGAGAAGCGCUCAGAAGCACUCUUCAGCGCCUGCUUCACUGCCUACACUUGCUACUUUGCAGUUCAGACAGCGGGUGAGCUCGUGAUACAGUUCUUCAGCCUGCUCUUGAGCACAUUCCUAUUUGCAGAGCAUGCGGUGCAAAUAGUGGAUAUAGAUUUCCAGGUUACUCUCACAGGCAAGCCCCAGGCGCCGGUGCACAACAGCUGUGCAGAUGAAGAUGAUGUUCUGGACGCUGUCGCUCAGCAGGGCAGCCUUCUUCAUCCUAGCGAGCCGGAUGGCCUACCCUGCGAGCAAGCCGGCCAUGAGGCUGCGGUUAUCCCUCAGCUUUUUGUGGCCGUCGGAAGCAUUGACAGCCUCACGCCCGAAAUGAGGAAGCUGCGGGUUAAAGCCAAAAGUAGCGGUCCAAGCCGCGAGAGGCUAGAGGCGAAUUCAGCGGUCCAAGCCGCAGCAGAAGCCAAGAUCUUGAAGAUGUGA